AUGAAGAACACAUCGUCGAAGAACUCCGAUUCCUCCUCUCACUUUGAUUCACCUCACUCUCCUCUCCGAUUUCGAUCUUCUCCGUUAUCCGACGGCGGCGAUCCUUUUCACUCCACCAAAAACUCACCGGAAAAUGAUAAUUCCAGAGCCAUCGUAAUCAUAGAGCCUUCAUUACAAUACUCUCAAGUCGCAGCACCUUUACCGGAUUCCGAGCACCGGAACCCGCCGUCGAAUGACCACCCGGCAGUGGUGGUUAAUAGAGCCCUGAGGAAUGAUCCUCCUCCUACCGCAACGAAUCUAGGCCACACCGUCACCGGAGGAGGCCGUGAAGACGGUGGAGGAAGAGGCAGACCGAGGACAAACACGCCGACGUCAACAGCAUGGUCGAAAAGUGAUGUUAUGACGGGAAAAGUAGCGUUAGGGUUCCGAUUGAGCGAGGUGGUGCUUUGCCUAAUUUCGUUUUCCGUUAUGGCUGCGGAUAAGACUCAAGGCUGGAGCGGUGACUCCUUUGAUCGCUACAAAGAAUACAGGUAUUGUUUGUCUAUGACAGUUAUAGCUUUUGUAUAUGCGGGUUAUCAAGCUUGUGAAUUAGCCUAUCAACUUAUAAAGGGAAAACACAUAAUCAAUCACCACUUGCGUUUUCAUUUUGAUUUCUUCAUGGAUCAGGUUCUGGCAUAUCUUCUGAUAUCAUCAGCAUCAUCAGCAGCAACGCGGGUUGAUGACUGGCAAACAAAUUGGGGAAAAGAUGAAUUCACAGAGAUGGCAAGUGCUUCUAUUGCAAUGGCCUUUCUUGCUUUUUUUGCGUUUGCUAUUAGCUCGCUUAUCUCCGGUUACAAUCUAUGUAAUCGCUACCCUUAG